AUGGUUUGGCGUGUCGUGUGUUCUGAUGUACUUGACAUUUGCACUGUUCAUCUUCAUGAUUGCUCUUUAUGGACUUAUCAGAUUUCAACAAAUCUCGCAGCAAUCGAAAAUAGCCUGAAAGUUGUUUAUGGUAACAAGGAAGUUUUGAAGUUAGAUCUCGGUUAUUCUGCAUAUUUAUCUCUGUCGUCCUCAAUUCUUCUGAUCAUUACCGUAACCGCAUUUCACUGUUUACUGCUGCAAUGCUUGCAAAAUGUUUUUCCGUCGAGUCACCACAUUCAAAAGUUCUUUGAUCAAUGUGAAAAUGGAGAUAAUUGCUAUAAAAAUCCAGACGAAAUCGCAAACUACGAUUGCAGAAUUUGUCGUUUUCAACAAUGUCUUCGGGCUGAAAUGAUUCAGAAGCUGGAUAAACUGGAACUUUCCGAUACUAUAGAAAAUCUUUGUCGAAUGGAAAUGGAAAAAUGGAACUUAUUUGUAAACUUCCGAGCACCGGAUAACAUAACUUUUGAGGAUGUCACUGAUUCUACAGAAACUCAAUUCACUAAAAAAUCUCCGAUUACUAAGAACACUUAUCACGACUGGGAGUUUAUAAACCAUGUUGUAACAAUUGACUUUAUCAAGAAGCUCGAUUUUGUGAAACUUCUGACGUCAUCUGAUUCCAAAGUGUUUCUCAAGUCAUGUUAUUUGAAUGUUUGCAUUGUUGCACUGGCUGUACAAUCAUAUCUCUCAAAAUUGGAUAAUAUCACAUACCCAGAAGGUUGCCCCGUUUUCCCAGAUGAAAUGAAUAUUACCACAAGCAAGUGUCCAAAAGUGGAGAACAGAAUCAAAUGCAGAGUUAUUGGAAAAUUGCGAGAACUCAAUAUCACUAAAGAGGAAUUCCUACUUCUCAAUAUAAUAUUUAUUUGUAAUCCAGAUGUCCCAAACAUGUCGGAAACGGGUCGUUUACUUUUGAAUUGUUAUCAACGAAUGUAUGGUUCUCUCCUUUUGAAAUACUGUCAAGUCACCUAUCAGAAGCAUGCUCCCACUCGUUACACAGAUCUUCUAUCCAUAUGUAACGUCAUCUCAAAAACUCGGCAAGAUAUUAAUUCUGUGGCUAUAUUAUUCCAAAUCUAUCAGCCCGCAAUGGAAUGGAAACAAAUGAUAAGAGGAGCGAUAGAUUAUCAUUCCAAGUGA